CCAGCGCAUCACACUCAGAUAGAGGGAGCGGGCGGUACGGGGAGAGAUAUUUAUAGCCUAAAGCGAGGCUGCAGCACAGAGAUAAGGCUUGGUACCAAGCCGCAGGCAGACAGACAGACAGGGCUUAGGGAAAAGAGGACACGUCAAAAUGAAACCGUUCCUUUCGGUAGUUUUAUUCGGGGCCGCAGUGGUCGCCCUGGUCAGCGCAGCCGGCACCGAGGGUGAGAUCUCCUUCGAGUACCACCGUUAUGAGGAGCUGCGAAAGGCGCUGGUGUCGGUGUGGCUGCAGUGCCCGACCAUCACCCGCAUCUACACCAUCGGGGAGAGCUUCGAGGGCCGCGAGCUGCUGGUGCUGGAGAUGUCCGACAACCCCGGGACGCACGAGCCUGGUGAGCCUGAGUUUAAGUACAUUGCCAACAUGCACGGCAACGAGGCCGUGGGCAGAGAGCUGCUCAUCUACCUGACUCAGUACCUGUGCAACCAGUACCAGCAAGGCAACGAGACCAUCAUUGACCUCAUCCACAACACCCGCAUCCACUUCAUGCCCUCCAUGAACCCAGACGGCUUCGAGAAGGCCGCUUCUCAGCCUGGAGAGAUCAAGGACUGGUUUGUUGGACGCAGUAACGCGCAGGGUGUGGAUCUGAACCGCAAUUUCCCCGAUCUGGACCGCAUCAUUUACAUCAACGAGCGGGAGGGUGGAGCCAACAACCACCUGCUGCAGAACAUGAAGAAGGCUGUGGAUGAAAACACCAAGCUGGCUCCUGAGACCAAGGCAGUGAUCCACUGGAUCAUGGAUAUCCCCUUCGUCCUCUCAGCUAACCUCCAUGGAGGCGACGUGGUGGCCAACUACCCAUAUGAUGAGACCCGCACCGGCUCCACCCACGAGUACAGUGCCAGUCCAGAUGAUGUGAUGUUCAAGUCUCUGGCAAAGGCCUACUCCAUUUACAACCCAGUCAUGUCCGACCCUCAACGACCCCCCUGCCGUAAGAACGAUGACGACUCCAGCUUCAAAGAUGGCAUCACUAACGGAGGGGCCUGGUACAGCGUGCCAGGAGGAAUGCAGGACUUCAACUACCUCAGCAGCAACUGUUUUGAGAUCACUCUGGAGCUCAGCUGUGACAAGUUCCCCAAGGAGGACACACUCAAGACCUACUGGGAGCAGAACCGCAACUCACUGGUCAACUACAUCGAGCAGGUUCACCGUGGCGUCAAGGGCUUCGUGCGUGACCUGCAGGGAAACCCCAUUUCCAAUGCUACCAUCUCUGUGGAGGGCAUUGACCAUGACAUAACCACAGCCAAAGACGGAGACUAUUGGCGCCUACUGGCUCCAGGAAACUACAAAGUGGCAGCCUCUGCCCCAGGAUACCUGUCUGUCAUCAAGAAGGUGGCCAUUCCCUACAGCCCUGCAACCAGGGUGGACUUUGAGCUGGAGUCUCUGAUGGAGAGGAAGGAGGAGGAGCGGGAGGAGCUGAUGGACUGGUGGAAGAUGAUGUCAGAGACACUGAACUUCUAAAGCGUUUGUCUGGCUGAUGAUCGGACCGUCUGCACAUCGAUGUAAUAUAUUCAACAUUCUGUGUACUCGUCCACUCUAAAAAGAAUAUAUUGUCUCUUAUUUGGUUUGUUCUCUUUCGUUCAUUAUUUUAAUUGACGAUAUUGUUUAUUAAUGUAAUGGUUUGCCACAUACUCCUGUAGAUUGUUUGAAUAUCCUGCAGACACACAAACAUAUACUGACGGGGAGGAAUUUACAGGUUGUUUGGUGGCAGUGAGAUCGAUGUAGAUUUCUGUGGUAUUGUGUUCUUUAUCGUACACGUGAUUGGUAACCAUGGCACCCAUCUAUAUAACCAAUGAGUGACUGAGUAAUUAUGUAUGUAAAAGAGCUGUUUACAUCAUUACCACAUGGCUCUGUCCAAAAUAAUUUGUAUUUUUGCAUGUUUUAAAUGUCUCUGUUUCUCCAGGCUUUAGUACAACUUCAAACACACAACCCUGGUACUAGUGCACACAAAAAUCAUUCACCCUUUCAACUAUAACCUCACACACACACACACACACACACACACUGUUUCUUUCCUGUAAUAUAAAAAAUACAACGCUAUGGUUUUGAGAUAAUCAGGGACAUUAAAAACACUGUAAAAUCAAUGUAAACAUUAUAUUGUAAACAAUCUAUACAGGCAAGCUCUUUUCCCUGUAUGUUAUUGAUGUUGAGAUUUUCUUUUUUUAACUGACUGCAGCACAGCUUUGAUUUUAGCACAAGAUGAAUGGUUAUAAUAUAUACUGUAUUUAUGAACUAGGUAUAGCAAGAAAUGUGUGGUUUUUGUAACUAAAAAAAAAAUCUAAGAAAACAAGGCCAUGACACCUAUAAAUCUGUCCACCUCAGUCUACCCAAAGCCAUUCCUUUGUAUGUGCACUACACCGGGAAUACUAUGGUACAUGAAGGAGACAGAAAGUUUGACUGUAUGGAUGCAGUUCCCCUGGUUUGAGAGACCACUGAAAUAAUUUAUUGAAUGUAUAGCUAUAGAAACAGUUACAAAUGCAAAAAAUGAACUGAUCAAUAAAACUCCCCUCUUUAUGUUGUCAAA